AUGCCGGGCCGAUUGCUUGCCAGUUUCGUUCGAGGCUCUGGUUCUCACCAUUCCUCUGCGGCGUCAACUCCCAUCCACUCCAAUUCCUCAUCAACCACCUCUGUCAACGAGAUCAUGCAUUUUGGCCCUAAGAAGGCUCAUGGUCCAUCAGAUCGAGCUCGCUCUCCCGAGCGCCGCCUCUCCUUCCACAUGGAUCACUUGAUUCACCCGCACCGAGACCACAGCAAGGACAAGCGCCGCAGUCUCGGACGUGCCGGCCGCUCCAAGGAACGCCUGGGCAAGGAAGAACUUGCUCAGCCCUCGGCCAAGUUGGAGGUGCUGGUGGAAUCCCCGCCCCUGGUCUGCUACGGCACCCCCAGCAACUCGACUGGCGCAUUGUUCUCUGGUCGGUUGCGUGUCACCAUCCCCGAGUCGGCGGGCGAGGUCAUCCUCAACGACUUUGAUGUCCGCCUCAUCUCUAAGAAUACCACCAAGAAGCCGGUCUCGUCCCACUGCUCCAACUGCGCCACCCGCACUGAGGAGCUCACUCGCUGGAACUUCCUCACCGAGCCUCUCCACUUGAAGCCGGGUGACCAUGACUUCCCAUUCAGCUACCUCUUCCCCGGUCAUCUGCCUGCUUCGUGUAAUGGCGCUCUGGGCCAGGUUGAAUACUUCCUGCUGGCCCACGCCCGCAGCACCACGGGGGAGGAUUUCAACCUGAAGUUGCCCCUGAAUCUUCGCCGCGCGCUCAUUCCCGGAAACGACAAGUCCUCCAUCCGUAUCUUCCCUCCCACCAACUUGACCGGUCGUAUUGUGCUUCCGUCCGUCGUUCACCCCAUCGGCAGCUUCCCGGUCGAGAUGACCUUGAGCGGUGUCGUGGACAAGAACGAGGAAACGCAGACCCGUUGGCGCCUGCGCAAGAUGAUGUGGCGCAUCGAAGAACAUCAGAAGAUUGUCUCGACUGCCUGCCAGAAGCACGCUCACAAGAUCGGAGGCGAGAACAAGGGUGUCCUUCACCAGGAGACCCGGAUCAUCGGCCACAACGAAGAGAAAACCGGUUGGAAAACUGACUUUGACACUGCCGGGGGUGAGAUUGCCAUGAAAUUCGACGCCAGCAUCAACCCCACGACCAACCCAGUCUGCGAUAUGGACGCCCCCAGCGGCCUGGAGGUCAAGCACAACCUUGUCAUCGAGCUGAUCGUUGCCGAGGAGUUCUGCCCCAACCGCAAUACCCGCCUGAUCACCCCCACCGGCGCUGCCCGUGUCUUGCGCAUGCAAUUCAACCUUCACGUCACUGAGCGCAGCGGCCUGGGCAUCAGCUGGGAUGAGGAGAUGCCUCCUGUCUACGAGGCUGUGCCCGCCAGUCCUCCCGGUUACUUCAGACCUGACGACAACGACACUCGCAGCGUGAUGGAGGAUUACCGAGGAUCGCCCCUGCCCCUGCCUGAUUACGAGGAGUUGGAGCGCAUGGAGUCCCUCGGUCUGGAUAGUGAUUCGACGCACUCUUCCGCCAACUCUACCGGCAACCGAGGUCGGAUGCGAUUCACCGUGGACGAUUUGGUGACAGAGCAAACCCCACCACCAUCCGAGCCCGUCUCACGCGUCCCAUCGCGCUCGCCAUCUGUUGACUCCCCUCGUCGCUAA